ACCAAUCAGCGCAGACCACGACUCACACACACAAACAAAGCUGCCAGCGGCGACAACUACAAUUUUUUUACACUUUUGCCAGCAUUUAAAAUCGUAUUUCGAAUCAGCUGGUUAAAAAGAAUGAAUUGCUGAAUCAAACAGGAUCAAAAACGAAAUGCAGCUUAUCAAGUGCUUGGUUAUAAUUCAGCUGUCCCUCUUGCUGGUGGAGGAGUCAUUUGCCGGCCGGGACUUCUACAAAAUACUGAACGUAAAGAAAAACGCCAACACGAACGAAGUGAAGAAGGCGUAUCGCCGUUUGGCCAAGGAGCUGCAUCCGGAUAAGAACAAGGACGACCCGGAUGCCUCCACAAAGUUCCAGGACCUGGGAGCGGCCUACGAAGUCCUCUCCAAUCCGGACAAACGGAAGACCUACGACCGCUGCGGCGAGGAAUGCCUCAAGAAGGAGGGCAUGAUGGAUCACGGUGGUGAUCCGUUCUCUAGCUUCUUUGGGGACUUCGGCUUUCACUUCGGUGGUGAUGGCCAGCAGCAAGAUGCUCCGCGAGGCGCCGAUAUCGUAAUGGACUUGUACGUUUCCCUGGAGGAGCUAUACUCCGGAAACUUUGUGGAAAUUGUGAGGAACAAGCCUGUAACGAAACCCGCCUCAGGCACCAGGAAAUGCAACUGCCGCCAGGAGAUGGUCACCCGGAACCUUGGACCCGGGCGCUUCCAGAUGAUCCAACAGACGGUGUGCGACGAGUGUCCCAACGUGAAGCUAGUCAACGAGGAGCGCACAUUGGAGAUCGAGGUGGAACAGGGCAUGGUCGACGGCCAAGAGACGAGGUUCGUGGCCGAGGGGGAGCCACAUAUCGAUGGGGAGCCCGGCGACCUCAUUGUGCGGGUUCAACAAAUGCCGCAUCCGCGAUUCCUGCGCAAGAAUGAUGAUCUGUACACGAACGUGACCAUCAGUCUGCAGGAUGCCCUUGUCGGCUUCUCCAUGGAGAUCAAGCACCUUGAUGGACACCUGGUGCCCGUCACGAGAGAGAAGGUAACGUGGCCCGGCGCUAGAAUCCGCAAGAAGGGCGAGGGCAUGCCCAACUUUGAGAACAACAACCUCACCGGCAACCUGUACAUCACCUUCGAUGUGGAGUUCCCCAAGAAGGAUCUUACGGAGGAGGACAAGGAAGCGCUCAAGAAAAUACUCGACCAAUCCUCCAUCAAUCGCAUAUACAAUGGACUGUGAAUACCCAUGUUUCAUCCCCAAUAAAAGUGCUCGCCGGCUGUACUCUAGUUUUUAAAUGCCUAACUAACAGGGCGACUUUGAUUUGGGAACGCCCCUAAUUCAAGAGAUGACUUUGUUCAAAAAAGUUGUGCGAAAACAAUUUAAUUUUAGUUUAGAAUUUUGUAAAAUAGCAAAAGUGUAAUGAGAGGGAACUAUUAAGGCGGUUCCUGCCGACAAAAAGGAAUUGCAACAAAAACCAACCCCCACAAAAUAAAGCGGAUUUAAAUUAU